AGAAAAGAAGAGAGGAAGAGAAAAAGAAAGGAAGUUUUUGGAGGGAAAAUGAGGAAAUCGACCGCCACGAAGCAAGCAAUGGUGGUGUUGGGAGCCCUAGCGCUCGGGUGGAUGACGAUCGAGCUUGCUUUCAAGCCCUUCCUCGACAAGGCCCGAGCCGCCAUGGACAAGUCCGACCCGGAUCGCGACCGCGACGACGUCGCCGACGACUCUGCUCGCAAGUCUUCCGGUGACGCCGACAUCGCCGCCGAUGACUGAGGUAGAAGCCGAUCACUUCGAAAGGUCCUCUCUCGGUUUUGAAAAUUUUCUGACAACGACCAUAGAUGAUAAAUCUUUACUCUUUAGAGUUUAGGGUAUAACUUAA